UUGUUCUUUUAUAUGCAGCAGCUUCCUGGUUGCAGGCCAAAAUGGCAGUGUAUGAAACUUAAGCUCAAGGGCUACAAAAGCGAACAACCAAUCCAUCUUAUUUGGAGGGACAGGCUGGAGGUUACAAAGCAACUUUUCACAAACCCCAUUUAUGCGAGACAUAUGUGCUAUGACCCUCACCAUAUCUAUCAAGGACAAGAGCACCAAUUCAGAGAAUUCUGGACAUCAGAUGAUGCAUGGAAGAUUCAGGAUCAACUGCCUGAAGGGGCGACUAUCGUUCCAAUCAUUGCUGCCUCUGACAAAACCCCAGUUACAAGACACACAGGUGGCCUUGAGAUGCACCCGUUAUUUCUAACUAUUGGAAAUAUCCAGGCUGAUGUCCACAUGAAGGCUACAUUAGAGGUGUAA